AUGGAUAAACUGCGAAAAGAGGCCCGCGAGGCCCUUCAACGCGAUCCUGGGAACCUUCCAACUUAUCUGCCCGCAGGUUUUGCUGCCGCUGCAAAGAAUGAUCUCCACCAGCUGUGGCAGAACGUCUCGGCCCACGAUAAUAGUACCAAUCUGAACAUUUGUGAGAGCCUCUUUACGGCAAUUGAGUUCCUGACAUCCUGGGACCCCCUGCUCCCAAAUGAUGGAGGUCCCAAGCAGCUGGAAGGAAACGAGGUCGAGGCCGUUUCCAACUUGUUCGGAUGGGCAAGUAGCCUCGCGCUACCAUCCUCUGCAUUCGCAGUAGACUAUGAUGACAAUGCAGACAUCACCGAUGAAAUCAAAAGGGCCCAAGAGGAGUCCCGCCUCAGAUCAGAACUGGCGAUACGGCUCAUUCUAGAGCUCGGAAAACCGUUGCCAGGACUUCGAGACCGUUCCGUAGCUAGCUCGCCAGAUGUCAUUUUGGCUGUGGCUAGCUUUACCUCCAAGCAAGAUCCGUGGACCACGGAGGACUCCCUUAUGGAGGCGGAGAUGCAUCUCAACGUGACUUGCCAAUACAAGCCGUGGCCCAUCAUUGAGCGUGUCCUCAGAGAGAAGAUCAGGCCUCUGUUUUCUAAGACGAAGAAUCCUGCUAUCACGAGCGAAGGCCGCAAGAAUUUCCAUCCCGUGCCGCCGACUCGUUUUGAUGGGAGCAGUUUGGAUGAUAGCACCAGACCUUGGAAAAACACCGAUAUCUAUGCUGCGACUGUCCUAUCCUGGAUCAUCUCGAAAUACAAUCCCACUGACAAGGCCGAGCUCGAGGCUCACUUCCCCCUCCUGGUGCCCGCCAUCUUAGCCAUGAUAGACGACAGCAGCCUCCACUUCAAAACUAAAGGCUUGAAUUUACUCAUUCAGAUUCUAAAAGUGAUUCAAGAGAGUGGCUCUGACAUCCUUGUGCGGACAAACCUCGCCUCCGUCUUCCGAGACGCAAUUACCCCGUGUCUCCUCUCCCUACCAAGCAUCACUCCCGAGGAGAGCUCUCUCAAAAUACUAGGAGCAGCUUAUCCAGCACUCCUUGCGCUCUUCAAGACAGCCUACCAAACUUCCAAGAAUCAACCAUCCCGGAACAAGGAAGAGGGAGAAUACACCACCAGCCUCACGAAGAUUCUCCGGUCAAACCUCAUCUCUUCUUUCCACCAUAUCAGCUCUUCUACACCCGCUUCCGGGGCUACCUCCGCUUCAUUCCCACACCCACGGCUGUCUGCAUUUCUUCUGGACUGGAUCUGUAUCUUCGUGAAGGAACUCGGUAUCCAUACUACCAAGUACCUCCAAGAAAUUGUCCCCGUUCUUUACACCACGCUCUCAAACCCUUUCGGUACUGCUCAUCUCCCGCUUCUGCUUUCCUCGGUCUCAACAGCCAAAGCGGUGAUCUUGAACGCCCAUCCCCGGAUCUGGAGAUGGCGCGGUGAGAUGUUCGCAGGACUGACGGCAUGCUGGCUGCAUAUUGCUGCUGAAAGUAAGGAGAAGACAAAUAAGUCAACUGCCACCGAACUUGCGGAAUUGAAGCGCCAGCUGCAGGCCGCAGUGCAAUUGUUGAAACAUGUUCUCCAACAUCCGGCUGUGAUUGAAGGUGUCCCGGACGCAGAUCAGUUGGCUGCGAAAGAUGACAUGGACAAAGAGUUGAACGAGCUUGUUGCUGCCGAUGCGGAAUUGAAGGGUCUUUUGUUCGCUGAUCUUACACCUUGA